CGGCGGAACAUUCGUCGUUUUAAUAAUGUAGAAGAUUUCUGUGAACCGUAUUCAUUACACUCUAAUUCCAGCAACAUUAUGGAAACGCAAACUCAACCUGUAUAUUUAAAUCAUGAUAUUCCUUCUGAUAGUUCGGAUUUUGUUGAAAUUCACAGCAACACCUUCGAGUCCGAGAUUAAACCGUGCCGGCCACGUCUAUUCUGUUUUUUUAUGGAACAGCAUGUUGAACGACUUAUACAGCAGUGUAAAGAGAGGCAGCAAAGAGCACAUCAGUUGGUGAAAGAAAUGGAGUCGGCAAAUUUACCAAAAGUCUUGAGGGAGCAACUCAUGAAAAUUCUGAUACAAAAGGAAUCACGGUAUUUACGUUUACGUCGUCAAAAGAUGAAUAAGGAUAUGUUUGAAAUAGUAAAGCAUAUUGGAUUUGGUGCAUUUGGAGUUGUUUCACUAGUCAGAAAGAAGGAUACAGGCCAGGUCUAUGCCAUGAAAACGUUGAACAAAAAAGAUGUUAUCAAGAAAAAUCAGGCUGCGCAUGUAAAAGCUGAACGCGACAUACUGGCACUGGCGGACAGUCGGUGGAUUGUAAAACUCUACUUUUCUUUCCAGGACAGUCAGUGUCUGUAUUUUGUUAUGGAGUAUGUACCAGGAGGUGAUAUGAUGCAGCUUUUAAUACUAAAAGGCUUUUUCGAAGAAGACCUGGCUAAGUUUUAUAUAGCUGAGUUAACGUGUGCUAUCGGUUACGUCCAUAGCUUAGGAUUCAUUCAUCGUGACAUCAAACCGGAUAAUAUUCUUAUUGAUGAAGAGGGUCAUCUAAAACUUACUGAUUUUGGACUUUGCACUGGUCUGCGAUGGACACACGACAAAAAGUAUUAUGAUAUAGAUAAUGACGAGGAACAAGAUUUGCGCGAAAACAGUAAAAGUAAAGUUUUAUUAAUAAGGAAUCACACUAAAAAGCAUAAUUCUGAUUCACUGGUAGGAACGGACAAUUAUAUGGCACCUGAAGUGAUUAGGAAAACUGGCCAUACGCAACUUUGCGACUGGUGGUCUGUAGGAGUUAUAUUAUACGAAAUGGUAAUUGGCAGGCCCCCGUUCAUGUCAAACGAUCGUCAAUCGACGCAGGCUAAGAUCAAGCAUUGGGAUAGAUACCUUGAUUUGAACAACACUAGAGCUCAAAAGCUUUCUCGAGAGUGCAUUGAUAUUAUGAAGAAAUUGAUCUCCGAACAAGAGAACCGUUUAGGGCGUAAAUCAGGCGCCAAAGAAGUUAAGGCGCAUAGUUGGUUUAAGGGUAUCAAUUUCGCUACCAUCGGUUCUUCACGCGCAGCAUAUAUACCGUGCGUUAAGCAUGCCGAAGAUACGUCAAAUUUUGAGACCUUUGAUUUUGAACUGGGCCAUCCCGCAUUUUAUGAAUUUACAUUCAGACAUUUCUUUGAUUUUGACAAGAAGGGGUGUCCAAGUCUAAAACAACGUCCGUCGUUAGCGCCAUUAAUAGAAACUGGUAACUCCCCAAAGCUUCCACAAGCAUCGGAUCAUCGCAGUUUCGGUUCUAGAGAACUAAGUAGUUCGGUUGAAAGUGAUGAAUGCUAA